ACAGCCUAUCUUUCCACCUCUUGGACCUUCCUCCAUCCUAGGUGAAAGAACUCCUGUUCUAGUUUCAAAGCAAACAAAAAUCACCCUCCUUUAUAUUUAGAGAAAAGAUUGGAAAGGGAGGGAAGGGAAGGGGUUAUGAGAUUGGAAUCCAAGUCCAGGUUCAAGACCAACAAGAUGGCUGGCAACUACAGGAAGAGGCCAUAUGGAAUGCUGCUGCUGCUGCUGGCGCUUUGUGCAGCUUUGCUCAGCGUUGUUCUGCUCCACAAGAUGAGGGAGAGGCGUGUCUUCAGCCUCCUCCUCCAAGACCGAGAUCAACAGCUGCUUGCUCUUGAGCUCAUCCUGCAGAAAGAAAGAGAGAACACCAUAGUAACAAAAAAGAAAUUGGAAGUCUUCAAAGCCAAGACAAUCUCUUUAGGAAGUGAAAAAGCUGAGCUUAGUAACAAGCUUAUAGAAACAGAAAGCACGAUCUCUUACCUGAAAAGAAAACAGAAAGAGUUGCACGCUGCUCUUGAGGAGAAACAGAACCAGAUAAAAGGACUUACAGAAAAGGCAGCAGAAGCCACUGCAUCAAAUAUUCAGAUAACAACACUGGCAGAACUUUUGAAAGGGAGAGAAGCCAAAAUUGAAGAAAUGAUGCAUCACCUUUUAAGCCUACAGCCAUCUAAGAAUAUUGCUGCAGAAACAAGCAUUGACAGCAGGAAUGGCAAUGUUCUAAACUACAAGAAAGAGAAUGUGACUUCUGAAUAUGUGCAAUUGGAAGAACGUUCAACUACUGGAGGUGAGAGUACCAUAAUAGAGGCAAAACAAGUUUACACUGGAAAUGAAACAGCUAGUAACCAACACAAAGAUAUUCCUGAAGAAGAAACAUGGGUAACACUCCCAACCAAGGUAGAAGAAGAAGGCUUGAAGAAUGCAACUAGAAGUAGUGUUGAUCAAACUGCAGGACUUUCAGGAGAUAACCAGCUGGAGAGGCUUGAAGUUUCUCAGAGGAGCGAAGACUCUGUACAGAGCAAAGAAACAGAUCAAGAAAGCAAUGUGGAGGUUAAAGAGCAGGCAUUGGAAUCUACAAAUGGGAAACAAAUUGACAGUGCAGACGCAGGAAAUGGCAAAGUUGGUGAGAACUCAGAUGAGAUAGAAGGUAAAAAACAUGUCCCUGAAAAUGGGAGUGCAGAAAAACUUCAAAAUCCACAAAAUGGAUAUGAACAGCAAAUAACUUCUGCAGGCCUGAUGGUGGCAGGAAAAAAUGAGGAUGCUAAAAUGAGACCUGGACGUGGUCGAAGGACCAAAACCAAGAGCCGAAGGCGGCAGAGAGUCUCUAAAGAAAAAGAACUGGAGAAGAAUAACAGUUUGCACUUUGAGAUCUCUCAAAAUGAUGAAAAUCAAGUGAGAAAGAAAGAAAGCACAGAUACUAAUAAAGAGGAAGUUUACAGAAAGGACACAGAUUUUAGUGACAGUCAGCUCAGCAUGCUUGAAACUUCUCAAAUCACAGGAAAUUCAAUUGUGAGGGAUGGAAGGGAGGAUGGAGAUGCAUCGAAGCGUAAAGAACAGAUGCUUCUUCCGCAACAUGAGAGCAUGGAAACGGUUGCACAUUCUCAUGACAAUGAGGUUUCAGGCACAAGCUUGGAAAGCAAAGAAUUCUUGCGGGAUGAUGAUGGUAUAGGAGUGAGAUAUGAUACUGGUGACAAAAGUGAAUUAGAUGAUAAAAAUAAGGAUUCAGUUUCCAACUCCAGUAAUGUAGAAAUGCCUGAUGAUUCACAAGAAAAAACACAAAAUCCAGAAGGUGGUGAAGGCUUGCAAGAUCAUGAAGAAGACAGUCUUGAUGAAACUGCACAGAAGGGAGAAGAACAGGAAAUGACAUCCACAGAUGGUAAACAGGAAAAGUCUGAUGACCCUCACGAAAAUGGAGAUGAGAAUAAGAGUGAUGAUGAUGAAGGAAGAAUUAUCGCUCACUCAAUCAACAACAAUAAAAGUGAUGCUGAAGGACAGGACGGAAUCGUUACUGUUAAUACCAUAUCAGACCCAGGACAAACUGAGGCUAACAGCAACACUGAUGACCAUCAAAGCAAGACUACUGAAAAGAAAAAUGAAACAGCCAAUAGCUCUGAUACUAGCGAUGCCAAAGAUGACGAAGAUAAAGGGAUCAAGGAGAAUGCAGAAAAUAACAGCAGCGACAAUAUUGCUGAAUUCUGAAAUUAAGAUCUACCGGCUUGGCAAAGUAAUGCAUAGCCAUAGCCUGAUAGAAAAUUAAGUUUCAUUUUUCAUAGACUUUGCUUAUCUCAAGUUAUAAAAUGUUUUUUUGUAUUUGCAACCAUUUAAAUGGUAUUUUAACAAGAAUUAAUAGAA